AAUAUACAGAAAAUUUUCAAAACAUCAAUAAGGAAAUAUGAGUUAUGUAUAUUUUUGUAAAUAAUAUUCGAAUAUUUAAUAAGUAACAAUGGCAUGUCAUGGAUGUAUGACAAAAUUUAGUUUCUUUCAGAAGGAGUAUGCAUGUCCAGCAUGUGGAUUUGGUUAUUGCAGUAAAUGUUUAAAACAAAAAGUAGUUGUACCUAAUAAAGGACCUACAGAACAAAAUGUUUGUAAAACAUGUUUUACAAGAAUUACAACUGGACGGAGAGAACCUCCACGACCCCCUCCUGAGCUGUUUUUGAGUCGUUUAGAAAAUUUAGAUAAUCCAGCACCACCUCCUAUCACAAUAUACAGGCACGAUCGUAUUCAACAAUUACGUUCGGGGUUAAGUGAAGAAGAUCAACGAAUUGCAGAUCGAUUAGCAAGAUUGCGUGCUGAACGAUGUUCGCCUCCGCCACAAACAGAAGCUGAAAUUCGCCGAAGAUUAGCAAAUCUUAAAGGAGAAAAUUAUUAUUCUGAAACACCUACUAAAACGCCGGCAUUUUUUGCCGACCAGCGUAGUGAUCAACAAAAAGUAGAUGCUUUACUGGAACAGUACGCAUCAGAACGUGAUAUUGAAUUAGCACACGAUCCAAGUAGUGAAAUUGAAGCACGAAUUGCAAGUUUACGAGACGCUGGUGUACAACCAAAUACGACAGCAUAUUUAACACAGCUUCACGAUAUUGAUUCGAGUGACGAAGAAACGCAAAUUGAUAAAAUUACUAGAAAAAUCAUGGAUGAAGUAGCAAUUGAAAGUUCAACUACUGCAAACAACGCAGUAACACAAGUCCCACCAAAGAAAAAACAUCCAAGAAUAUUAAAAGCCGCUGAUAGAGGAACACCUUUACAUGCAUCAACACCUGAGCUAUCAUUUUGUGUGAUAUGUUAUGUACAAGCGACAACGAGGUGUUUAGAUUGUGAUGGUGAUUUAUAUUGCUCAAAAUGCUUCACAGAAAUACAUCGAGAUUGGAGUGAAACACAUCAUAAAUCAAUACCAUACAAACCGAGAACUGCGGCUACGACAAGUGAGGAGGACGAAGAUAUGGACGAAGAUGAAGAUUAACCAAUAAAUUUUAUAACAAAAAUUCAUUAAGUCCCAUCGUACAUCAUCAAAUCAUGAAUAUUUAAAAAUAGCCGAAUUGAAAAAAAAAAAGGAAAAUUCGCUUAAAAAAAUUGUAUCAUCAUUUUCUCCUCAUUAUUUUCUAUUCAUGUAUCAUUUAAUAAUUAUUUAUAAACGUUUUUCCAUUAUUCAUUAAAAAAAAACCAAAUAUUUCAAAUUUCCUUCAAUAGGAGUGUCGCAUUAUUUUCAAAAAUAAAUUCGUUGAGUAAGAGCUGCGUAGAUUAAGUAAAUUCCCUGCAGGGACCAGAUCGAAAAAAUGAUCAGUUUAUUCGCUAAAAUAAUGUGCUAGCUCUUACUAAAUUAUAAAUUCCCAUUGUUUUAAUUUUAAAUUAUUCACGUUCAGUGAGAAAGCACUCAAAUCCACUUGGAUUUUGCAAAAAUAUGCAACCAAAAAACAUUUUGUUUAAAAUAGAAACAUUUCAUCUCGAAUUGAAAAAAUUCACAAGAAAGUUAGGUUUCUAACAAUUGUGUUUUUAUUUUUCAUUUACUUUUUUUAUAAUUGAAAUAAAUUGCUAUAGUUAUUUUUUUACUGAUGUUAAUUUUAUAAAUUCCCAAUUUACUUUUUUUUUUAACUCUCAGAGCGCCUACAACAAAUAUAUCCUCUUUAUGGUGGAUGCAAAUACGAUUGCUAGCCGAUAGAUCGCUAGCCGGAAUCCGUCUUUUUUACAAAGUUAGUUUUUAUACAGUCUAAUGUAUGCUUUUUUCUAACCUACAAAGCAUUAAUGUUUUGAAUAUGGUGAUCAUAUUCAACGAAGCAAACCUUAAAAGGCCGGCAAGCAGCAGAAAAUUUGUAAGGCAUUCUGUCUAUACAAUAAAACAAUAAAUUCAAUAAAUUUAUAAGGAUGAAUUUUUGUUGACUUCGAGUUGAGACAUAGUUAUUGAAAUUAAUACCACGAUACUCAAAAUCAAAUUGUGUUUCAAACUCUAAAUAUCGAUAUUUCUAUUACAACGCAACCAUCGUUA